CUGGGCACUGUGCGCCCCAAAACCCAUGUGCAAAUCCUGCAGACCCUCCGUACCCCAAAAUCUGUUGUAGGAUGGCUGGGAGGGGCAAAGGCCCCUCACCCCCACCCAUCGGGAUGGCUGCAUCCCCUGUCCCCUGCAGACCCCCCAGCUCCGAGCAGCCCCCCAGCCCGGGGGGACGCAGCGGGCAGGGUGCCCUGACACCCCCCAGCCCUCGCACGACGCACCGUCGCCCCCAGCCCGGUUUGCAACCGAACAACCCUCCCCUCCGGCCGGUAUUUUUCCACCCCCCGCCCUCGGUCCUUUGUUCUUUUCAAAUCCCGGAUCCGGCCCCCUUCCCGGCAAGGGGGUUGCAUGCACCCCCCUAGCCCCCCGAAGAUUCACAUCCCUCCCUCCCCCGGCGAAUCCCCCCGGGGUGCCCCGCUGCCCUCGGCGGGGGCGCGGGCGGGGGGGGUGCCGGGGCGGGUGGGGGGGAGCUGAGCCCCGGCCCGGCCGUCCCCGCCCGCUUGCCUGGCUGCGGCCGCUGCCUCCUUCGCCUCUGCCCUGCGCCGGGGCCGCCGGAGCCGCCGGGGUGCGGAGCCGCCAUGGGGUACCCAGCCGCCAUGGGGUACCGGAGGUGCCGAGCCGCCCGCCCAGGGGUACCGGAGCCGCCGCGGUGCCGGAGCCGCCGGAGCCCGCCGGGUACCGACCCGCCGCGGUGCCGGGGCCGCCGGAGCCGGUCUCGGCGCCGCCGCUCUCCGCUCCUCCCCGCCCUGAGCCGCUGCCUCCCGCUCCCCCGGGCCGCCACCGCGGGGCCCGGCCGGGGGGGGGGGGGGGGCUGCGUGCUCCCCGCCCCGCUGCCGGGGGGACGGGGACCGGGACUGCGGUUGAGGGAAGGACCCCGAUCCCCCCCCCCCCCCCCCCCCCCGGCCUCUAAUCCCUGCUGCAGUGGGGGAUCUGGUCUCAUCCCCCCCAGCCCACCCCGCCGCUGCAAUCCUCCCCCACCCGCCCCAAAUCUCUGCUCCUGCAAGGUCUGCCCCCCCCCCCGCCUUUUCUCCUGUGGGUGCUGCUGUCUCCUGUAUCCCCGAUCUCCACUCCCCAGCACCCCUCUGCACCUACGUGCACCGCUCUGCUCUUACCAGAGCUCUUACCACCUGCCCUACAAUCUCUGCUUCCAGGGGUGCUGCUGGCAGGAUGCCCCAUCAGCAGCAUUCAGUCCCACCGCAGACACACAGCCCCAUCCGUCAUCCGUCUCCCCCCGGGGAAGGGGGACUCCCUGCCCCUCCGAAGCAGUUUUCACCUCCCUUUCCCCUUGCAAUAAGGACUCCCCCCCCCCCCCCCCCCGCCCCGACCAUCUGUGCUGUGGGAAGAGGUUGCUCUGCCCGGGGCUCUGCAGCUGGAGCAAGCAGGACCCCAAGCUGAGAGCGGGGCAGGAUGCCAAGGGAGCACGGGGCAGGGGAGGGGGGCACAGAGCCACCCCCCCAUGCAAACCAGCAGGGUCUCCUGGUAUGCAGUAAGGGACAUGCUGGGUUUGUACCGAGGACAGGGGGGAGCAGCAGGUACUUGAGGAGCAGAGGGAAGGGGUGACCAGUCCCUCCUGCUUUGGGUCGGGUGAGUUAUUAAUUGCCCGGUGCCGUCGUGAGAGCAGUCCCCUGGUCCCGAGUUUCCUACAUGGGCAAUGAGGGGGGUGCAGCCAGCUGGUUGGGGAGGGAUCACAGCGGGUCCACAGCAGCCCCAGCUUCAGGCUGUGCUGUGAAAUCCAAGCACGACCAGACGGGCUGGUUGCUUGCCUUGUCUGUGCCCGUGCCCGACAAAGCGCCCGCGGGCAGCCAUGCUGGCAGCCGCAGCCCACCCAUGGAUCCAACCUGUCUCCGGCCACCCACAUCCCGAGCCCAGCUCUGGGUCAUCGCAGCCACCCUGUCCCUGCCCCAGAGCUGCUGAGGACGAGCCACUCUGAUCUGCUCUCCAUGGCGGAGAAGGACUCGCCGGAAGGACGGAAAGCUGAGCUGCUCUGGCAGGGAAAAGGCAAGUCAAACCUCCCUCCCUCCCUGUUUUGAUGGGGAAAUCUGCACAAAUCCAGUGUUAUCCUGGUGCUUUGGGGCUGGGGCUGUGUCCAGCUCCUGGCAGAGCCUGGCACAGCCCGCCCUGCUGCCUCUCUGGCCACCCGGCCGCUGCACUGAGACCGCGCCAACUCGUUUCACCCAGGGCGAGCAAUGACAGCUCCCUGCUGAGCAGGGCUGGACGGGGCCGCUUAGCAGCCUCGCUUGGCUUUGCCUGCUGGAAUGAGCGGAGGAGGAGGAGGGCUGGUGUGCCGGCAGGGAGGAGGGACUGUCACCGGUCUCCUGGUGACACUCGGCCAACUCAUUGCAUCCGGUCUCUGCCCUCCCCUUCCAGCUGCCUGGGCUGGACUGGAGCUGCCCGGCCUGAGAUGGCUGCCCUGCAAGCCACGCGUCCCCAGGCACUUGUUAGGGGCAGGGGAUACUGUAGACAUGCAGGCGAUCAGGGUGGCACCUCUGGGCCAUUUGUGGGGUGGAGGGAGUUGGGUGACAGCAGCGGGAUGGGGGAUGGCACCGUAGCGCAGUGCGCAGGAGGGAAACUGAGGCACGGCGGCUGCGGGGGCUGCGCCCGGGGGCAGGUGGGAAGCUCUGCCCCGGCUCUCCGGAGGGCAGUGCCUGGGUGGAGCGGGCACAGCGCUUCCCGGGAGGGCGGCAGAACCGAUGGCGGAGAAGAUAACGCUAAAAAUACGCCAGCCGCUUUGUUGCCGGCGACAAUAGCCCGCAGUAUUUUUAGCUGUUGUGGCGUUAGCGGCAGAGCGGCUUCUCCGGUCCCACUGCUGCCCCAUCCCUCCCUCGGUGCCGCCAGGCCCCCCGUGGCCCCCCGGGGCUGCGUCCCGGUGCUGUGGAAACGGUAACGUUAGAAACUAAACACAAACACCUCACCCGCUGCCACCCCCGGCUGAGUCACGGCGCUGCCUGCUCCCCUCGCCCCUGCCUCCCCCUCCCUCCCUCCCACCCCUUGGCCCCAAAAGCGGGAGCUGGUGUCCCCCGAGCCAGCUUCUCCCGCUUGUGGGGGAUUGCUUCUCCCAGGGCCAGGCUCGGGGUUGGCGUUGCUUUCCCCCAUCCCAGGACUCCAGUAGCUGGGGAUUUAUGGAGUAAACUCCGCUGAGUGGCAUCGCUGUCCCCAACCCCAUGACACCGGGACGUCCCCUUGCUUCCCCACUGCAGAGAGACAGACCCCGAGCGGUGCCCGGCUUGCCAGCACGGCCCCGUCCCUCACCCCCCGACCCGCCGGUGGCUGCGGCUCUGGCACAGCCCCUGCCCACUGCCAGGGAUAAAAAUAGCCGGGCAGGAGUAGGCAGAGGCAGAAAAAGCUUCUUCACACCCCGUGGUGAGGGCCAGGCUUGGGGUGCUGUGCCCGACGCCUUCAUCCCAUCGAAGGGGAAUGGGGUGUAUGAGCAGGGGAAGGGGGUUUUGGGGUAACAGCAGUGGUGCGGCAUGGGGAAACAAGGCAGCUCUGCUCUGCCCUCGAAGGAGGUGUCAACACCGGGUGCCUGCCAGACUCAGCACAUUGGUGCCCUCAUCCCACCUCGUGGGAGAACAAGGGAUGAACGGGACCCUUUCCCACCUCCCAGGGGUGAUGGGGUGUCCCACUGCAGCACCACUGCUGUGCUGCCCCAGCCCCCGCGGGGUUUUUGGAGUGGUUUUCGGGGAGUUGGCAGGCUGCCAUAGGACAAGUGGGGCUGUAGCCCCAUAACCAGGGCUGUAGCCCCAUAGCUGGGGCCGUGCGCACUGGGAUGGCUGCCCACCCUCCACCACCCACAUCCAAAAGCCCCCGGCACCCACUGGAAACCUACCCGAUGGGAAGCAGCAAUUUAUGUUCAAGGGCCGGGAGAGCGGCCGCACCAUCUCCUCCCUAAAAUAAGGCAGUGGCCAGCAGCUGGGCUGGGGCGGGCGGCCGUGGCCGUGACUAUGUUAGGAUGUUCUGGGGCUGAGGGCAGAUCACGUCGUGGGUACGAAUUAAUUAACGCUAAGCAGUUUUGGAUGGCGUCCCAGGCUUUUUUUUUCUAUUUUCAUUUUAGCCAACUCCAAGCCUGCGGCGUCUGCUGUGUCCUGGGUCUGGUGGGGGGGCAGGGGACAGGAGCACCCAUGUAGCUGCCUCAGUACCUGCAGGUGCUGGGGGGGCAUUGUGGGCACCCCAGCAGCUUGAUGCCUUCCUGCUCCCCAAAACACGGGUGCUCCCGCUGACCCCAGGGCUUCCUAGCUUUGGCGGCCAGCACAGCCGAAGGCAGCUUUCAGGGCUCGAUGCAGCCCCCACUUUUCAGCUGUGGGGUUUUUUUAACUCCCCACGCUGCCUGCAAGAGGCUCACACAUGCUCUUCGUGCCUGGCUCGCAGCCCUGAAAAUUAUCCUGGAAAGGGAUUUUUUUAAUAAAAGUUGUAAGCACCUUCAAA